AUGGAAGGCUAUGACUAUGCCUUAUUUGAAUAAAAGACAUUAAACGGAAAGCACUACUCAAUGAGUCCAAUCACUCAGCAGAAGCAAAAUGUUGGGCUUGCUGUUCGAACCAUCAGAGAAUUUUUUAAGUAGAAGUAGAAUAUUAAGGAUCAUAUUAGAGAAAACUUUUAGUUCAGUGUAUCAUUCUUCUAAAUAUACAACGAAAGAGUAUACGAUCUUCUAAAUUUUAAUGGAAGUAGUACAGCCACUGUACCUGGAGGAAGAAAAUAUCUUUCUUAGCAAAAUGAUUUGAAGGUUAGAUGGAAUAACAAGGACUAAUUUGUUGUUGAGAAUUUAUACACUUAUGAAUGCCUGAAUUCUAAAGAAGCAAUAGCAUUAUACAACUAGGGAAUAAAAAACAAGGUAGUUUCCUCUCAUAAAAUGAAUCACGCUUCAAGUAGGUCUCAUUGUAUAUUUAGCAUCCAGGUUGAUUAGUACUCAACUGACAAGAAUCCUUAGAUUAUAUCAUCUUCAAAAAUGUUUCUGGUAGAUCUCGCUGGAAGUGAAAGAAUUUCCUUCAUUGGAGAUAUUGACAAGGAAACAUAGAAGGAAACAAUUCAAAUAAAUAAGUCCCUAAUGACACUAAGAAAAUGUAUAGGGGCGUUAUCUUCAUAGACUAUUGAUGAUUAAAAGCAUGUUCCUUAUCGAGAAUGCAAGCUCACCUCUAUUCUUAAGCAAAGUCUUGGAGGUAACUGCUAUUGUCUCAUGAUUGCUUGUGUCUCUCCAAGUGACUAUAACUAUGAAGAGAAUAUCUAAACGUUAAAUUAUGCAAUGAAAACGAAUAACAUCAAGAAUUUACCAAUCAAGAAUAAGGAUCUAGACAUGUCAGCAAUCGAGAAAUUAAAGUAAUACAAUAAGAAACUAGAGAGAUUACCUAUCACCAGAUACGAUCAUAAUUCUCUAAUAACUGAUAAAGCAAAAUACUUAGCUGACUCAUUUGAAAUAGUCAAGGAUGAAUUUAGCAGAUCAGGGUUAGAGAAAUUCAGUAGAAUAGAGAAUUAAAGAUCUGAAUAGAGAAAAUGUGCAGCUUUAAGAAUAGCUUAGACAAAGUUUCAACCAAAUUAGAUAACCUCCAUAGCAAUAACCAGGAAUCAAUAGUAUCCACUUUAUUAACACCCAUAGGCUACUUAGGACUUCCCAGAUUAGUUUUACUCUGCAAAUAAUGGGAAUUUCAAUGAAUACAAAGAUAUAGAAAAGAAAAUAUUUGACAACAGAUAGAAGAUAGUUGAACUCAAAAAGGUAUUGAUUCCAUUUGGAAGUACCUCUAAUCCCAUAAACAGCAAUUUUGAAAACUCAAUUAUCGCUAGCAGUCCUGAGUAUUAAUCUAAUGCAAAUAGUGCUAGUAUAAAAUCAAAUAACAACUAUGAAAACUUUUCAUUGAUGAACAGGAAUAUUCCCCGCAUAAAUGACUCCAGAGACUUCAUUAGACAUCAUGAUGAGUACACAAUCCCUAGUUCAAGUAUCAAUAAGACCUUUGAUAAUAAAUCGAUGCUACAUCAAUAACUCAAUAGGUCUCCUCCUAAAAACAUCAUUGUAAAUAAACUCCCUAACGGAGCAUCUAGCUUAUUAUUCAAGAAUAUUGAUUUGAAUCUAAAGGAAUCUGAGACUUAGUCGAAUAAGGAUGCGAGAAUAGAGUAAAACAUGAAAUUUAUCAUCAAUAAUCCAAGGUAGAAUCGAGAUAACUUUGACUAAAGGAGCAGAACUCCUAAUCAAGGGUAAAUUAUGCAAUAUAAAGAAAAAUAAAUGCAGGGAUAAGUAUAAGAAGGAACUUAAAAAUAUUAAUAAAACGAUGGAAGCAAGAGCUCAAAGAUGCUAUAAAAUCCCAAAGUAAAUGACUUGUAGCUUAAGAUCAAGAAAAGAAUUAUUGAUGAGGAUUUCGCAACUAGAUGA